UUGCCAGUGUGUACACACUCCGUAGCCGGCGAAAAGCGAAAAGCGAAGAGCUCGACCGAGAAGCAUCAACUCCAUCCAACAGAAGUGGAUUAACGUGCAGAAAAAAAAUCAUGUCCAGCGACGACAAUAGUAGUGAUAGCGAUUCGUCCAGCGACGAAAAGCAAAGGAAACGAAAGCUUAAGAAGCACAGCAAAGAUGUGGACAAGUCCAAGAAGAAGAAAUCAAAGAGGCACAAGAAGCGUCGCCACAAGGAGAAGAAACGCAGAAAGCUGGAGGAGGAGAAACCCGUGCCUUACUCGCAACCUCCACAUUUGUUGAAUGCAUCUCCGCCAGAUGUGGCUACAAACAACGAAGACUCAUUUGGUCCCGCUCUACCGCCGCAUUUAAAGAAGCCCCAGCAGCCGGAACUCCCUGAGCAAAGCCAAGCAGCACCACAACCGCAGGCCAUGAUAGGACCUGUCUUGCCCAGCAAUUUGGCCCGGGAAAACUCUCCUACUAAGGAAGCGGAAGCUGAGGACGAUGAUGACCUAGCUGGCACCUUUGGGCCACUGCCAAAUGCCAGUCAAGUGGCUCUGGAGGAACGUGCCUUGGCCCUUAAGUUGGCAGCUCUGGAGGGCGGCGGAUUGGGUACAUCAACAGACCAAGAUGUGCGCGAGGAGUGGAUGCUUGAGCUGCCGGAUGUGGGACUAAAGAGCGGACUUGCUGCCCUGAGCAAUAUGAAGCGUACUUUCUAUCAGGGAAAAGAGCGCCCCGACUUUAGCGAUCGAUCAUCCUGGACGAAGACACCGCAGAGUGAAGCGGAUGCUGCUGCAUCGGGCCCCAAGUCGCUCAGUUCGAAGGAACUCGAGCAAAUGGCACAGGUCAAGUACGAACAGCAGCGGGAUGACGAGCAGGAGAGCAUGGCCAAGAAGCACAAAAAGAAGCACAAGCGGGAGGAGUCCCUAGUGGAGCUGCAUCAAAAAAAACUUAGGAAAGAGCAGAGAGAAAAGGAAAAGGAACUGGCUGCAUCGGGUUCCAAGCCCGAACGAAGACCCUUUAGCAGGGAUGUGGACUUGAAGCUUAACAAGAUCGACAAGAAUCAAACCAAGCAGAUUGUGGACAAGGCCAAGAUAUUGAACACCAAGUUCUCCAGGGGUCAAGCUAAGUAUCUGUAGGUUAAAUGAACAAUAAAAAGCAGGGCGAUCCGUACCGCAUGUUAAUCUUAA